AUGGAGGAUCAAGAUCAGAUCACGGUCUUAGGCUCACUUAAUGGAGAUAUCUUCAUGAAAGUGAAGAAUCUCCCAAAGGCUGGGGAGACCAUCGCUUGCAGCGAGAUCACCAAAGCCAGUGGGGGUAAAGGAGCCAACCAGGCAGCAGCCUUGGCUAGGCUGGCUGCUGGUAGCGGGGUUACAACAAAUUUCUUAUGCCAAGUUGGUGCUGAUGAGAUAGCGGAUAUGGUUUUGAAGGAACUUAGAGAAUCAGGAGCUUCACCACAUCCUGUAGUUCUUGAGAAUACGCCCUCAGGUCAGGCUUAUAUCUUCUCAAUGCCUGAUGGAGAAAACUCUAUCGUGAUUCAUGGGGGAGCGAACACAAACUGGGAUGAGGGUCUUACAGAACUUAAUGACACAUUCACAGAGAAGAUCAAGAAUAGUAAGCUUUUGCUUCUUCAAAGAGAAAUCCCUGAGCAUGUAAACAUCAUAGCAGCACAACUUGCUAGAGAUAACAAUGUAACUGUUGUCUUAGAUGCAGGAGGUAUGGACACUUCUAUCUCAGAUGAUCUGCUCAAAAGAGUUGAUAUCUUCUCUCCAAAUGAAACUGAACUUGAACGAGUACUUGGCUCUGAUUUUGAUAAGUCUCUCUCAGGGAUAUAUAAUGCAGCAAAGCUUCGAGAGAAAUUUCCAAAUCUUAGCAUUCUUCUUAAACUUGGAGCAAAUGGAUCAGCAUUUAUCAGUCAAGAUUACACCUUAGAAGCCCCAGCAGUCACAGAUUUUAAAGGAAAAUCUAUAAUUGACACCACUGGGGCUGGUGAUUGAUUCACGGCUUGUUUUGCUCUGAAGCUUGCUCAGGGAUGUUCUUUAAAAGAUGCAGUAGAGUACUCAAACACUGCAGCUUUCUUAUGCAUUACCAAGUUUGGUGCAAUGCCUUCACUCCCUUAUGCACAAGACGUAGUUGAUUUCAUUGAAGAAUAG